CCUGCCUCACUGUUUCCCCAAUGCCCCCAGCCCGGCCUCGGUGGCCGGGUUCGGGUGCCGGUUUGUACCCUCCUCACUCCCCUUCUUCCUCCACCUACUCCUCGUUUUUAGCAUGGCUUGCCGCUGGCUGCUACCAAGCAUGCUAUCCAUACGUGAUGCGUGCGAGAAUAUGUGUGUGAGGGAGUGUGUAUGACGCUGGGCCCUUGCAGUUGCACGCCGGGGCUUUGCAGCCGGGAGGAGGGUGAAGGCAGGCAGACAGAGACUCGGAGCUCGGUUUGGAUCACGCGGUUGUCCUCCGCGGGGCUCAGGCUCGUCUGGACGGCGUGUCCCGUCUUGUUCGCUCGCUCCUCUGCGGUGCUCCUCACGCCUCUAGGCCCAUCACUGAAGUUGUUUUGAGGAGCUUCUUCUCCAUGAGGCUCAGAUGAAAAUCUCUUCAUGAUGUGGAGCUAACGCCGCCGGCUGCUCAACCUGCAGGACAGACGUGGACGCCGCGACAUCCACAGCCCACGCAUGGCGGUAUUAGGGAACCCCGACAUGCUGACGAGGAAGAUCAAGCUCAGUCACAUCAACGCCCACAUCACGUGUCGACUCUGCGACGGCUACCUGAUAGACGCCACCACUGUCACAGAGUGCUUGCACACAUUCUGUCGAAGCUGCCUUGUGAGGUAUCUGGAGGAGAACAACACGUGUCCCACAUGCAGGAUUGUUAUUCAUCAGAGCCAUCCACUGCAGUACAUCGGCCAUGACAGAACAAUGCAAGACAUUGUGUACAAGUUGGUACCCGGACUUCAAGAGGCGGAGAUAAAGAAGCAGCGGGACUUCUACCAGAAAUUGGGCAUGGAGAUACCCGGCGAUAUUAAAGGGGAGCUCUGCAACAUGAAGACACAUCUAGACCAGCGUAACGGAGACAUGAAGUCAGAGGACACGCCCAAUAAGGAAGCAGGAGAGGAGAAAGCAGAAGAGGACAACGAUUAUCACCGAAGCGACGAGCAGGUGAGCAUCUGCCUGGAGUGCAACAGCAGCAAACUCAGAGGCCUCAAGCGCAAGUGGAUCCGCUGCUCGGCACAGGCUACCGUCCUACAUCUCAAGAAGUUCAUCGCCAAAAAGCUCAAUCUGACCUCCUUUAACGAGUUGGACAUUUUAUGCAACGAGGAAAUCUUGGGCAAAGACCAUACUUUGAAAUUUGUCGUCGUAACGAGAUGGAGAUUUAAGAAAUCGCCCCUCCUGCUCCAUUACAGACCCAAGAUGGAUCUGCUGUAGCUCAAACGCACACACAAUUUCCUUGUUUUUGAUUUUUAUUUUGUACUUUAUUGUCAAAGUCGUUGCUGUCCCAGCGUGCUCUUCAUAACCAACGUAUGCAAAGACGAUCAACCAGCAGCAGCGAGCAAACAAGCAGACGCCACAGCAAAGUCGCACUCGACACAAAAAGCCAGAAACUCGGGGAGAUACCGCAACACUGGCUGUUGUUGUUUUUUUUUUUUUUCCCUGGUUGUUUUUGUUUUCAUUUUUGUGCGCUACAUCCGACAUAUGUGAAGAAGAGGAAAGAAAAAGACAAAAAAAGAAAUGGAGAUAAAUCAUAUAUUUAUACUUUUGUACAGUUUAAGAAAAGACAAACUUAAAGACACUACACUGGUGCUCUGUUUACAUGCAAACGAGAUGUCGGGAGCGAUGUCAGGAGUGGGCGGGGCUUUUUCCGUGACCAUCCUUCGACGCAACGGAGGAUGAAAACUUUUAUAUUGACUUUUUUGUUUUGUUAUUGGGGACAGGAUUUUCUACUUGUGUCCAUUUUAAGUUGGCUGCAGAGUAAAUCGUCUCUGAAUGUGUCUUUCCGCCCCACCUCCCGCCAUGUUUUCCAUCUAAUUUGCUAUUGAUGAUUGUCCAUUGUGAAUAGGCUUUGUGUAGUAAUUUAUGUUCUAUAUAUUGUACAUACAAUGUGUUUAUAGGGAGUGAGCGGCGGAGAGUAAGAGAGACUUUUAGACUGUUAAAAACAGAGCCGAUCAGAAGUGCUAUCUAUAUCAGAAUAUAUCUUUCUUUUAAAGUUUGUUUUAUUGUUUUGUUAUUCUUUGAGAAAACAAAUCUAUGGCAUAAAAACUCCCGCCACUCGUCCUCCGUCCCUUCAGAAUGCGAUCAAAUAUUUUACGUCAUAAAAACGUCCCCCAGAAACCCACAUAUUUCUGUUAUUUUCUUUAACAAGGAACGGUGCUAAAUUCCCAUUCUUGUGCUCCUCUUUCAUUUGGAGAGCCUGCAAAUUCGCAGCGUCAAAGCCGGAUAGAAGGUAUUUUUUGUAUUUAGUAUUUACCUCGUUUAUCUAGCGUCUAAAUUUAUUCUUUAUGGUAUGGCUUUGUUCUAUCCAAUUACCAGGAGGCCCGAGUGACACGGCUUCAGAGCUGGAAUUGAUCAAUCUCAUUUUUUUUUACGCGGAGCCCAGAUAAACGUAUCAAAAGCCAUGACAAAAGGGGCUAGCAUUUAUACGUUUUACUUUUGACACGAAACCCAGCAAAGGCAUGAGUCAUAGCUGUAAGGGAAGCAUCGGGCAUUUAUCUAAUUUUGACACAGAGUCCAGAUAAGGGAUUAAAUGCAAUUUUAAGAGUUGUAUAAGAUGAUUUAUGUGUGUUUGUUUUGACACAGAGCACAGCAAUGGGGAAAAUAUGCCUACUAAUCAAGAGCCACAACGGAACGCCCGACAUUUAUUAUAAGUCUUUACCUUUUGCUCCAUAACCCAGGGAACAUUUUGCUGGUUCUAGUAUGUGUGAAAGAAAAAACACAUCAGGGCUAUAACGGUAUAGUAUCCAACUUUAUUUGGAAACCUUGUAAAGUAGCUACAUUAAGACUCAGAAUUGACAACAAAUCUCUUUUAUCACAGAGCCCAAUUAAGGUUAAAUACCGUGUUGUGUUACGGCUCUGUUACAGCCAUUUUGCAGGGUCUCUGCGUGAAAUAUCUAAUGAAUGCCUCCCAAAUACGUCUUUACCUUUCACAAUCUUGAAACAGCCCUGUUGUAAAUUAACGGUCUCCAUGCUGUCGUGUCCUGUCAAGAUUUUUUUAUUCACACAACUGGAAAUUCUUUCCCCCUAAAAAUUGCAUACAAAGAACAAAAUGCUACAAUAAGGUUAAUGGAUGUUAUGGAUGUUGCCCAAUGCUGUUUUUUUUUUUUUUUCAAAUUUGUUUGGAAAUAACAAUGACAUCUUGACGAUCUUGUGGGCAGGACAUGUCCCAGUCAAGUGGUGGUGUUGGACUAUGAAAUGUCAAACAAGAUGCUCCAAAUCAGUAUGUCAAGCAUUAUUAUUAUUAUUAUUAUUAUUAUUAUUUACAGCUGACAAUACUUCGUGUUCAUCUGGUGCUUUCUCUGGUGCUAACCCUAAAUCCUGUUGGACUAUGUAUUUCUCACUGCCCACCCCCGUUGCUGUAAAAAAACCAAAAACUUCACUCCCUAUUGGUUCCGAGUUUAGCUGUCCAACUUGAUUGACAAGCCGUCGGCAGCCCGAUCACAUGGACAUCCUGCAAAAAUUGCUGGAGCGAAAGGUUUUUAUCCAUCAUUACCCUUUUGAUACAGAAACUUGCAAAGGGGGACACGGUCACGAUCUUUUCAGAAGAAGAAAAUAAUUCUGAUUUCUGAUCUUUUUACGGCACAAAUGUGACAAUUUUGCAGGGUCAUUGUGUGAUGGUGACACUUGACACAUGAUGUGACAGAAGAUCCGGCAUUCAUGCAUCAUGACACAGAGCCUGACAAGGGGAAGAAAUACACAAUCUUCUCUUAUGACACAGAUUUAGUGAACAUUUCUGCUUCAGAACCAUAACAGACGAUCCGAUAUUUAUUCAGUCUAUACCUUUUUGCUACAGAGGCCAGCCAAGAGCUUAAAUGCGUCCGUUUUCACUUUCACACAGAGAUCCCGCAAAAUUGCUGCACCAAAGCCAUAUCAGAUAAUAUGGUAUUCCGAUUAAAGGGAUAUGUUCCAUAUCUUCUGUUACAAUCCUGAUAUGACAAAUCUUACCCAUAGACCAUGCAAGAUGUGCAGAUUCUUUGUGUGAAAGUGAAAGUUUCCAUGAUGCAAGAUCCAACAUGUGGGUUUUUUUUGGUCAUCUUUUGACGCAAAGCUGUAAAGGGUGUACGUUCCAGUUCUUCUGUUAAGGCACCACAAAGUUGCCAAAUAGAUUAUUUGACUUCUAUUUAGUAGCAUUUAACUCAAAGUCUAGCAAAAGUGUUAAAUGCCAUACCUUCUUAAAUGACACCCAUGUGAGGAUUUAGCUGUAUCUCUGUGUAAAAGAGAAAGUUGCAAAAUCAGAGCUGUAACAAAACAUCUGGCUUUCAUAGGGUCUUUACCUUUUAUUCCAAAACUCAACAGAGAUACAUUUUAGACCUUUUGUUACAGAAACCUUGCAGCAUUUUGGGUCUCUGUGUAAACAGCGGAGGAAGGCUUGUCAAUCAAGCAGUGCUGCGUAAUAAACUGCUUUUUGAGUCUAUCUUCCAUGAGCAUUUUUGAUGGUUCUUCUUUUUCCCCAAUUGAUUUUUCUUUUGUAUUCUGAAUUCCUGAUGUUCAUGUUGGCGUGAGAGCAACACAAUUUGUGUUUUCUUUUUCAGGUUUUAAGAGUGAAGGACGAAUGUGCAAUAUGGCUUUUCAUGUGCGUUUCCAGUCAGGUCCUCAGGUCACAAAAUGCCUUCUCAGCAUUUACCCUCAUACCCGAAGAAACACGCCACUCCACCCCCACUCUCCCCUCUGCCUACUUUUUGUAUUAUUUAUUGCGGCUGUGUAAUGAAAGUGCUUACCAUGGCGACCCGACCUUUUGGAGGGGCGUUUGAUCGAGACUGGGUCCUAAAUUUCUUAUUUUAAAAAAACAACACAGAAGCUUUUGUCCAAACUUAACUGUGUAUUUAAUCAAUAAAUGCCUUUUAAAAGCCA